AGGAAAUACCAAUAAAUAAUUAUGAGUGUAAUAUGUAACUGAAAACAUAAUUAAAGAAAUAAAAAUUUUGGGAAUUUAAUUUAAAAUGAGACUUAAUAGAAAGAAGAUGGAGGAACUAAAAUCAAAGAGAGAAAAUAAAAAGGUUGAAUUAAAGAGGGAAGAUGAAGAUAAAGUGUUUAAUGAAAGAGUUAAGAAGAAUUGUAUAAUUAAAAAUAAAAAAUAUAAAACGACAUGUGGCACAUUGAGUUGAAGAAGAUGAUAGGAAAGUGUAAUAGAAUGAUGACAUAUGUGUUUUUGGUUUUCUUUUUUAAAUACUAAAUAUAGAUAUAGAUUAUGCAUGGAAUUCGGUUUGACUUUAGUGCGUAAUCUAUGCAAUACAACUAGUAAGCAAAAUUACGACACUAAAGUGAUCUUUUUUCUCCCUUAAAAACAUCAUUCCUGUGAAAGAGAUAUACUUGAUCCGUUACUAACCAAAAAAAUAUUGUCUUUACUUGGUAAACCACAAUCACUAAUAUUGUCCCCCAUACCUUUUAUACACGUGUCCAACUUUAUUUCUUUUCAAAUAAUUCAAAUCAAAUCUGUUAUACCAAUAUAUAUACGCAUUCAAAUUCCUGGCUCUAUUAGUGGCCGGCACAUUUGCCUCUGAUUAUUUUCGUCAUUCUUCUAGAAAAAAGAAUGUUUCACUGAAAUUAUCUUCCAAUAUUCUAUCACCCCUAUAAAAGUUUCUUCUAUCCUCCCUAUAAAUUUUCCUUUCUUUUUAUAGAAAUUGAAAACAUGUCAUCAAACCAAAGUUUGGAAAAUCGAAAUUACGAAGAUCAUGAUUGUAAUGAAGAGGAAAGAGAAUUGGAAGAAGCGUUAUCGCUGUCUGAUCUUCCAAUCUGUAGUAGUACUGGGAAUCAAGAUGAUGGUGGUGGAGUAAAAGAUGAAGAGAACAAGAAUGAAGAGGAUGAUUUGGAAUUUGAUUUCGAUUUUGGUUCCGGUUCUCUUGUCGGGUCAAGUACAGCACCAGAAGGCGAAAUGUGUGCAGCUGAUGAGGUGUUCUCGGGUGGCUUGAUGCUGCCUUACCGCAACUCGGUCAUUUCGAUGUCCGGGUUGCGGAGUGUGUCUAGGUCCGAGUCUAUGGACCGUAGAACGUUUGGGUCUAGGUGCAGUAGUAGUAGAAGUAGUAGUAUUAGAAGUCAUUACUCUGCUACUAGUAGUAGUGGUAGUAGUAGUUGUUCUAAUAACACGACAAUCAGUGCCAAAACUGUUCCUUUGGUAUCAAAAUCGUCUAAUAAGGUUGUUCAAAAUCAAUUCCACUCGUACCCGAGCCCAAAACCUCAAAUUUUGGGCACGGGUCCGCGUUUUUCAGCCUACACAGCCUCACCCAUAGGGAAAAAAUCGAAAAUGUGGGACGUCUUAAAGCUAGGACUAGUUCGUACCCCAGAGAUUGAGCUACAAGAUCUCAAGCUAUGUCACCACCGUACAAACAAUUUUGGUAAGACAUUCACAAUUCCUCGUAAUAACAGUACGGGUAGCAGUAGUAGUAGCAGUAGCAAUAGAGCCGGCAACAAUAACAACGACCGUCCUCGAAAGUCGUGCGAAUUCGUGUCGGAGAUGCAAAGGAGGAAGAGUCAGUUACAUGAAAUCAAUAACGGUGGAUUCUUUAAGAGCUGCAAAUGCACAAUUGGGGUAAUAGAACCAAUUCCCACCACACCAAAGUAUAAUACCGUUGUUAAGAGUGGUUAUUUUGGUAGUAACAAGUUUGGAAAAGGCCAAGUUUUAAAUGAAGACAAGAAUUCAGCACAAAAGAAACAUCAUCUGCUACAACAACAGCAACAACAACAGCAGCAACAACAGAGAAGAAACAACCAAAUCCGACAAGAAAAGAAAGUCACGUCACAUCAUCAUCAUCAUGAACAUCGUACAUUUGAAUGGCUAAAGAAUCUUUCCCAUGCAAGCAUCCUUAAUACGAGUAAUUCUUAAGUUUUAGGAAAACUCUAAUUCAAGAAAUUUAGAUUCUUCCACGAGGUUUAUUUACGCAUGCCAAUUUUUUUUUUUUUUUUAAAUUUAAUUCUUUUGCCAUGUUUUUAUAUUUUAUUUUGUAAACAGGAGAUCGAUGUACAAUGGAGUUAACUUUUUUAAUAACAGUAAUUUCUUUUGGUUGUAUAAUUUUGUCUUUAAUUUGAAAUGUGUGAUUAGUAAUCAUAUCAGGAGCUCAUGUUAAGGUGGGAAUGAUGAAGUCUAUAUAAAACGACUAGGUAUAUUUGCAAAUCUUAGUUGCGAUUUGGCAAUAUUGGCAUACCACUGACCACAUACAUUCUUCUAAACUAGGCGCCU